CCCGGCCCGGCCAUGCCGCACGGUGCGCCCUGAGCGCCCGGCCCCGCGCCGACAUGGACCAGGAGAGUGUCAAACCAAGUUCCCGGUCCCCUGAGGCAGCUGAAGAUGAGAAGGAUCAGCGUACGGUAACAAUCAACCCCUCUCACAUGAAAAAGGCAUUCAGGGUUAUGAAUGAAUUACGGAGCAAGCAGCUCCUCUGUGACGUGGUGAUUGUUGCUGAAAAUGUUGAGAUGGAAGCCCAUCGCAUUGUCUUAGCGGCCUGCAGCCCCUAUUUUUGUGCAAUGUUUACAGGAGACAUGUCUGAAAGCAAAGCAAAGAAGAUUGAAAUAAAGGAUGUUGAUGGGCAAACACUGAGUAAGCUGAUUGAUUACAUCUACACAGCCGAGAUAGAGGUCACCGAAGAAAAUGUUCAGGUGUUGUUGCCAGCUGCUAGUUUAUUGCAAUUAAUGGACGUUAGGAAAAACUGCUGUGAUUUUCUCCAAUCUCAGCUGCAUCCCACAAAUUGCCUUGGAAUUCGAGCCUUUGCAGACGUGCAUGCAUGCACUGAACUUCUGCAGCAGGCGAAUGCCUAUGCAGAGCAGCACUUUCCUGAGGUGAUGCUAGGAGAAGAAUUUCUUAGCCUCAGCCUGGACCAGGUCUGCAGCUUGAUAUCAAGCGACAAGCUCACGGUCUCUUCAGAAGAAAAGGUCUUUGAAGCUGUUAUUUCUUGGAUAAAUUAUGAGAAGGAAUCUCGUUUAGAGCAUAUGGCUAAGUUAAUGGAACAUGUUCGUCUGCCCCUUCUACCCCGAGACUAUCUUGUGCAGACAGUUGAAGAAGAAGCUUUGAUCAAGAACAACAACACGUGCAAAGACUUCCUUAUUGAGGCCAUGAAAUACCACUUGCUUCCUCUGGAUCAAAGGCAGUUGAUAAAGAAUCCUAGGACAAAGCCAAGGACUCCAGUUAGCCUGCCAAAGGUGAUGAUCGUGGUUGGUGGGCAGGCGCCCAAAGCCAUUCGGAGCGUGGAGUGCUACGAUUUCGAAGAGGAGCGAUGGGAUCAGGUAGCUGAGCUUCCCUCCCGGAGAUGCAGGGCAGGAGUGGUGUUCAUGGCAGGCAAUGUUUAUGCUGUUGGGGGCUUUAAUGGUUCUUUAAGAGUGCGAACUGUGGACGUGUAUGAUGGUGUGAAAGACCAGUGGACAUCCAUCGCCAGCAUGCAGGAAAGACGAAGCACUUUGGGAGCAGCUGUGCUGAAUGACCUUCUUUAUGCCGUGGGCGGGUUUGAUGGAAGUACUGGUCUGGCAUCUGUAGAGGCCUAUAGCUAUAAAACCAAUGAGUGGUUUUUUGUGGCUCCCAUGAACACAAGGAGAAGCAGCGUUGGAGUGGGAGUUGUGGAGGGGAAGCUAUAUGCUGUCGGGGGUUAUGAUGGAGCAUCACGGCAGUGCCUUAGUACUGUAGAGCAGUAUAAUCCUGCCACAAAUGACUGGACCUACGUGGCUGACAUGAGCACGCGGCGCAGUGGUGCAGGUGUUGGCGUUCUUAGUGGAUUGUUAUAUGCUACUGGAGGGCAUGACGGUCCCUUGGUGAGGAAGAGUGUGGAGGUUUAUGAUCCAGGAGCAAACACCUGGAAGCAAGUGGCUGAUAUGAAUAUGUGUAGGCGAAACGCAGGUGUGUGUGCAGUGAAUGGGCUUCUCUAUGUGGUUGGAGGAGAUGAUGGUUCUUGCAAUUUGGCCUCAGUGGAAUAUUAUAACCCUGUCACUGAUAAGUGGACAUUAUUGCCAACCAAUAUGAGCACUGGAAGAAGUUAUGCAGGUGUGGCUGUGAUUCAUAAACCAUUGUGACACAGACUCAAGGAGCAGAAGUGGAGUGAAGUCUGCUGCGUGUUCCUGGGAAAACGACGGACACCUGACUUGACCCACCUUGUUGCUAUUCAGCUCCUAGCCUCACAAGGACUACAUUAAGAACAUCAGCUGCUCUGCAGUGGAUAGCAUAGCCAUGUGAAAAUCUGGCUGAGAACAUGAUUCAUGCUAGACACACAAUACUGCUUAUUAUCAUUGGUGCAAUCGACUAUUUCCUGAACAGCCAGAAUCCUGAGAUAAACCUUGUGCUUAAACUGAUAUUGGAGAAAAUGAAUUUCUUGUGUGAAACAAAAUGCUAGUUUAGGGCACGUGAGUAAAAAUGAAGAUACUGGAUUUCUUAACUACUGAUACGUUAUAUAGCUGAUCCAUUGAUCUGUUUACUCACUGCACCUCCAGGGUGAACAUACUACUGACAGUGAAAUCUUCUCAUCGCCAGUCCUCAACAGCAGUCAGCAGAACAGUACUGGAACUGGGGUGCUUUUGCUUGUGCGUCUCAGUCAUGCGUACCUAUGUGCCACUGGACUACUGUGUGCAUCCCAGAAGAUCUAUGAUAUGAUUGGGGCACGUGGCAUGUGAUACCUACAUUAGUCACAGACUUGCCAGUUGUGAAUGCCAGUUAAUAAAUAUAAUAGGGCAUGCAGGACAGUGCCCUUCUCAGGGGUGAAGGUGCCAUACUUCAGUCACCCAAGGCAAACCCCACAGAAACCUAUGGCUCUGGAGGGUUAAUUACUUCCCUGAAAUAUGGUAUGAAUUGAAAAUAACAGAAGAAAUCUGUCCCCAUAUAUUUCGUGCAUAUUGGUGGCUGUGCAGAAAGCCCCAGUUCUAGCUGCGUCCAGCAUUUCAAUGCCAUUUCAUAAGAGAAGUUGAAAGUGUAUUUCUUAAUGAGCCAUUGAUGUGUCUUGCCGGUAUUCAGCCCCAUGCCCUCUGCCACUCAAGAAGUGAUUAAUAACCAAGAUAAAAUGCCUACGUUGUCUUAAUGGUUCCAGAAUGUGGAGAUCUUAUUCUUUGUUAUCUUUGUUCUUAUUUUAAAUCUUCCUUGUUUUUAAAUGUGUUCUUCCACCCAUACAAAAUAGUUGAUGGGAUCUAAUAAGAUCACUCUCACAAUGAGUAAGAGGUUAUUUAAUAAAGUGAAAUGUGGACCUGUGUGUUACUUGUCUGUACCCAGAAUCCUUCAUGCCUGCUUUCUGUUUAUAGAAUAAUCGACUUGAAAAUUGCAUUUCUGAGAGUCCUGGUGCUCGUUCCUGGUAAUCUUGAUGCACCCCCUCUGUAUUUACUGGAGUUAAAAGUAACACUAAACGAGAAUUUAGCUAAGAGAAGGUAGCACAGAAAUCCAUCCUCUGUUUUUCAAAUUUGUUUAACUUUGUGUGUUUUACAGGACUUCAGGCAGAGGCAGUGUCACCAGGUUUCCUUUCUGGAAUCGGUCAGGGCUCGUUAACACUGAGAAAAACUGACUGGCUGAAUGAGAAUGUCUUGUGUAGACCAUGGAAUCAGAACUCGUGGUAGAGGUGAUAUCUUUUAUUAGACUGAUACAGCUACAACCUGGAUACUUGACUUAUGUAGACUGUCACUUUCCAGUCAUGGCAGCAUGGUUAUGAUUCUGUCAGUCAUUUUCCCCAUGUAGAUGAGCUCUUAAUAUUUGUGUGGCUGAAAAUGCUCUUAAACAUCAACAAGGGAAUGGAAAAACCCUUUGAAACCUUCUUUGAAAAGGAUGAUAAAAAUAUGCCAGCUCGGGCUGUUAGUGAGAUGGGGAUUCAGUGGGAAGUGUUUUUUUUUUUUUUUUUUUUUUUAAACAGGCUGAGUUUAAAUUCACGUUGCAGCGUUCUUGCAACGUGGUUACAUGUGGCCAAGUCCUUUUGAUUUUUGGGAGGGGGGGAACAGCACAUACCUUUGCUACUUCACAGGGAGACUCUGAGCCCCUCUGUGGAAUGUUAAAUAGCAUCUGCUUUUCUUUGCCUUUUAGCCUCAGAGUGAACUGUCCGCUAGAAUGACAGGACCGAUAGCAGCAGCUGAGCUGCUGCUGUGGACUGGAUCCAGGGUCCUGGAAGUGAACUGGGAAAGUUCAGCCCUGCAGGCUGAAAGAGCACUGAAAAUAAUACCAAUAUUGGUUCUACUGGCUGUUUCUCUACUACUGUGCUUUGGCCUGCUAACUUACCCACUACGAGCUUUAUCCAAAAAGCACUGAAGCUGAUGGGGAAUCUUUCCAUUGGCCUUAUCAUGCUGUGGAGCAGGUCCUAGGGUGUUUUUAUCUAUGGCAUAAGUGAGAUCCUGUUGUGUGGGUGCUUACAAAAGCACUUGAACCAUCUGUGUUUCAUCUCAGAAAAGCUAUUAGCCAACCAUCAUGCUCUGUUUUGGAGAGUCUGACCAGAUCAGUAUAAGCUGUAAUAAGUUAUCAUCUGUCUGCUCCCAGCACCAAAACAGCCAGUGCAUUUUGAUUAGUGACAGUGGGUUUAUAACACAGGAGAGGCAAAAGAGAAUGAGGGGUUUGGUGUCUUCCUGUUAUUGUAAACUGAUAUUUACACACACAUGUGGCCUAAAAGGAAACCGGUGGACUGGUGCACUUCCUGGACAUGGCUGGGACCAGUACAGCUGGUCUGGGGCAAAGCCUUUCCUUAUUGAUAGUAAACAGCACAUUUCUUUCCUUCUCGGAAGUUGCAGUGUUAUGCAAGUCAAGUGACCUCAUUUUUCAGCUAUGCAAUAUUAACAACUGUAACACAGGGCAAACCAGCUGUACUUUCCCCAUCCAAUGCUUUUGGAUUUGUUUUCCUUUUGUUGUGUGGUCUAUUGUUUGUAUAAUUAAUUCUGAGCACCUGAGCCAGAUCCUUUAAAGAUUGCCUUUUUCUAGGACUGAAAAUGUAUCUUUAGAGCUAACAAAUUUUAGUGUAAAUAUUUUUAUAAAAUAAUUUUAAAGACUCUUUGAAUUGCUUUUUAUUGUUCUUGAGGACAUUUCUCUUAAGAUCCAUCUCCGAUUAUGACGUUCCAUUGGCCGUUUUCACCGGCUGUGCUGUGCGUGUGAAUUUGUACAUUUUCUGCACGAGAAAUUGUAAUGUUGUAAUUAAGGUGGGAUAUUCUCUUUGCUCUUGUGUUAAUUCUAACAUAUUAAAGACCCAUGUUUGGGUUCAACAUCAUGAAUUUAAAAUGAUUUGGCAUCUUAGAAUAGUGGAUAUUUUUAAACUUCUAAUUUAUAUUUUCUUGAUUUUUUGCUCUUCCUUUAUUCUUUGCUUUUUACUUAGUUUCGGCAUCAAGCCAGGCUGUUUGUCGUCAGUCUCGUUUUCGGUCUGUCUUGCAUCUGAGCAGAAUGCUGCAGUGCAUUAUAAGGGAAUGGUAUAAAGCCCACGGUCAACAAUAUUGAAAGCAUAUCUAGUAACUGAAGUUAAGUUCUGUAGACUAUUUCUUGUCCCUCUUACAAGCCCAGUGUUGGGCCAGAAUUUCCACAAUUCUCCUCUUAAAUGCCUAAUAAUUGAAGGGCCCAAUCAUGUAACUUGCAUAUUUGGGAGAACUUUUUGGGAUUUCUGUGCACCAAAACUUUGCAGGAUGGAGCCCCUAAGGCAGCUUGUGUGGUCCAUUGAGAGAGAGAGGUCCCCUUCUGUGAAUGAAGUAUGUUGAGAGAA